CCGGCUGUGAGUCGAGCCAGCUCAGGUUUGUGGCUGUUGUUGCUGCUUGUGUGUGACAGACUCGGGGCUAGAACUCGGCUCUGUGUGCUGUUUACACCGGACUCCCGAGGGGAAACCGAAGCUGGACCGCCAGAACUGAACACUAACGGUCGAAAUGGAGUCUCAGGGCAGAGACGAGAUGAAGGGGCCAGUGCUGCACAUCGUGGUGGUUGGAUUUCACCAUAAGAAGGGCUGUCAGGUUGAGUUCUCGUACCCCCCGCUGAUGCCAAACGAGGGUCACGACAGCGGCCUGCUGCCGGAGGAGUGGAAGUACCUCCCUUUCCUGGCUCUGCCCGAUGGAGCACACAACUACCAGGAAGACACUGUGUAUUUUCACCUGCCGCCUCUCAGUGGAGACAUGAAGUGCGUCUAUGGAGUGUCCUGUUAUCGCCAAAUAGAGUCGAAGGCCCUGAAGGUCCGAAAGGCGGACGUUACCAGGGAGACGGUCCAGAAGAGCGUCUGUGUCCUCAGUCGAGUGCCUCUCUACGGUUUGCUCCAAGCGAAGCUGCAGCUCAUCACACACGCCUACUUCGAAGAGAAAGAUUUCUCCCAGAUCUCCAUCCUGAAGGAGCUGUAUGAGCACAUGAAUGGCUCCCUGAGGGGCUCCACUCUGGAGGGGUCGCAGGUUUAUCUCGGCUUAUCACCGAGAGAUCUCAUCCUGCACUUUCAACACAAGGUUCUCAUCCUCUUCAAGCUCAUUCUGUUGGAGAAGAAGGUCCUAUUCUAUGUUUCUCCUGUAAACAGGCUGGUUGGAGCGCUGAUGACGGUUCUGUCACUUUUCCCGGGUAUGAUCGAACACGGCCUGGUGGAUUCGUCGCACUACAAACCAAAGAGCAGCUUGUCGGACGACCUGAUUCUGGUGGAGAGUGGCUUGGGAGCCGAGGAGUUCGUCUCCGUGUCCGUCACCGACAUCGCCCAGGCCAACAUGGAGGCCACUCAGCCGGCCACUCAGCCGGCCACAGAGUCCCUGUCAUCAGGGAACGGCGGGCAGGACGACAGCAACCACCUCAAACCGCCGUCACGAACCUCUCCAGAGUCUUCAGAGAGCGACUGGGAGACUCUGGACCCCAGCGUGUUGGAGGAACACAAAGAACCUGGAGCUGGCAGCAGCGGGUCGAAUAUGCCGGACGCCUUCGACUCCAAACCGGGAACUCCAAUCACGGUGCAGCCGCUGGGGGUCGGCGGUCAGGGAGGGGUCAUCCAGGGUUUGGUGUCGGGUCUGGAGGAGGAUCAGUACGGCCUGCCGCUCCCCAUCUUCACUAAGGGCUACCUGUGCCUGCCUUACAUGGCUCUGCAGCAGCAUCACCUUUUGUCGGACGUCGCCGUUCGAGGCUUUGUUGCCGGGGCGACCAACAUCCUUUUCCGCCAGCAGAGGCACCUCAGUGACGCCGUCGUUGAAGUGGAGGAAGCUCGGAUCCAGAUCCAGGACCCAGAACUCCGGAAGAUCCUGAGCCUGACGACGGCUGACCUGCGCUUCGCAGAUUACCUGGUGAAACAUGUGACGGAGAACAGAGACGACGUGUUCCUGGACGGGACGGGCUGGGAGGGAGGAGACGAGUGGAUCAGAGCUCAGUUCACCCUCUACCUGCACUCCUUGCUCUCCUCUGCGCUACAGCCAGAUAAUGAGAGGCUGCUGGCCGAUUAUGGGGUGCCGUUCAUCGCAGCGUGGAAGAACACCCACAACUUCCGGGUUUGGUUCAGUAACAAACAUCCCGGCAUGACGGCGAUCACUCCAGGCCACCCGUUCCAGGGCCAGUACAGCGUAUCAGACGUCAAACUGCGGCUCUCACAUUCGGUGCAGAACAGCGAACGAGGGAAAAAGAUCGGAAACGCCAUGAUCACGACCAGCCGCAGCGUCGUCCAAACCGGGAAGGCAGUGGGUCAGUCGGUGGGCGGAGCCUUAACGAGCGCCAAGUCUGCGAUGUCUUCCUGGUUCUCCACGCUGGCUCAGCCUUCACCUUUGACCCCAUCCUCAGGUCCAGAACCGGCCUCCGAGGUGAAGCCAUGACAGUUACCCUCCAAACGUCCGUCUCCUAGCAACGGCAGCGGAGUAUGGCCGCCGUAGAAAGAAAGAACGAGGAAAUCUCAGCCUGAUUCUUCAGAAAUUUUGAAAUUAAUCUCAGAAAUUUUCGAGAAAAAGAAGUGACUGUCAAUAGUCAAAAAUUUACUAGAAACAAAUGUGAAAUUUUUAGAUUGAUAUCAGAAAUAUCUGGAAAAAAGUUUAAACUUUUUUAGAAAACUUACAUUUUGAAAUUAAUUUCUGAAAAUUUCUAGAAAAAAAGAAUAUUUCUGAACUCCAAAAGUAAAAACAGUUCCCGGGGGAAAAAAGAUCACAAAAUUUGAGAUUAAUCUUGGAAUUUUUCUGGACAGAACUUGAAAAUUUCUUUGUUUAAAAAGUCAAAAAUCUUUUAGAAAAAAAAUUCACAAUUUUCAGAAAUUUCCUAGAAAAACAUGAAAUUUCUGGGUUUGAAAAAAUAGUUUCAAGAAAAAAACUCAAAUUCUGAGAUUAGUCUUAAAAAUUUCUGAGCUUUAAAAGUAAAAAAAAUUGAUAUGAAAGAUCAAAUUUUUCUUACUCUGAGAAAUUUUGUAGAAAAAUAAUUCCAUUUCUGAGUUUCAAAACAAAAAUGUUCUAGAAAAAAUGUAUAUUUUGACAUUCUCAGAAAUUUUCUUGGAAAAACUUUGAUAUUUAUGAGUUUGAAAAUCUAAAAUUUCCAAGAAAAAAACAAAAUUUUUAGAUUAAUAAAGAUUUGUAGAACAUUUCAAAAGUAAAAAAUGUAACUUUUGGAGCUCAGGAAAUUGAUUUUUCUAGAAUAUUUCUGAGAUUAAUCAAAAGAAUUUCUGGGUUUUUUGUGGGUUCACUCUUUGUUUUCUGUCUGCACCGGCCCUGCAUCAGCGGAUGGAGCAUAAAAACAAUCACUUUUCCUCAAAUUCACACGGGAAUCUGAAGGAUGAACCCCGGAUUGUGGGCUUUCUGCAGCGCGUUAGCUGGAUGCGCCUGCAGGCGCUAAAUUUACUCUGCAGCCCAAAAUCACUGUGAGGUGGAAGCUGCCACUGCUUUGAUCAAAUCUGAUCAUUUAAGAGGCUUUUGGAAGUUAAGAGUCUCUGUGCUGCAGUUCGUGUUGCUGUGUUCACUCUUCGUACUUUAUGGUUUGUCAACAUUUUGCUGGAGAAGUUAUUUAAGAUGCCUUGGUCAUGGGAUUUUACUCAGUAGAUUGAGUAUCUCACAAAAUUGGAAAAAUUUGAUUUUAAAUUGAUUUUUGUUCCACCAAUGACUUUGUUGUGACACUGUGGUUGUUUUAAUUAUGUGAAAUUUAAUCAACUUUCACUCAUUGAAGUGCAACAGAAACUUAUGUGUUUACAAUAAAUGUAUUAUUUUUUACUAAAUUGGAAGAAAAAGGAUAAAAAUUCAGGUUUAUAUGUUAGUAAAUUUAAAAAAUAAAAUGCUUAUUUGAACACUAAAAUCAGGGUUUAUUUUUGUUUGUUUGAUCUUUUGUAUAAAAUAAUUAACAAAGGGAAUAAACAAUAUUUAGCUGACAUGGUGUGUUUAGAUUUAUACAUAAACGCACAUAUUUACAAAAGAAUUACCUCAGUUUACUCAGAAACCAGUUCUAAUCAAAAUGUAACCAAUAAAUUCAAUAAUGUUCAUGUUCCUACAAUCAGGUUGUAGAUUUUGUUAGCAUUAGAUGCUAGCUAAAAUACUAAAUGCUUUAGUAAUUUAUUAUAUAUAUUUUUAUGUCAUAGAUUUUCAAUAUAAACUUUUAAAAAGGGUCUUAUUUGCUCAGAAUUUAUUUUAGCUAACUAAAUAAAUUGCUACCAAGUCUUUAUUUUUUAAAACUUUGAAAUCAAUUAUGAAAAACAUUGUGCAUCAAAUACAUUCAUAAGUGUAUUUGUUUCAUUAAUAAAAUGAUUAGUUGCACAUUUGUUUACCUACAAUUCCUUGAUAAAUAUUUUUUUCCAGACUCUUGUAUUUAAAGUUGCUUUUAUAUAUUUUUAAAACUGAAAUAUUUAAAUCAUAUUACCAUUCACAAUAAAACCAAAAACUGUUUAAAACCAUGCUAAUAUUAAACCUCAGCAUUGUUUGAGUGUUUCUUGGCAUCACAGGCGGAUUAAAGGGAUUAUUUUUAUAAAUGAGUUAAAUAGACUUUUAUUUCAAAUGAACAUUGAUGCUGAAACAACCGCAGUGCUGCUACAGAAAUCAUUGAGGACAAAAAUGAUUUGGUGUAAAAACAUCCUCUGAUUAUGAGGGAGGUUUGUGUUUGAAGGCUGUUGGUAACAUUUCCCAGACCUUUUUGUACUUUUAAAUGAAUAUAUAUUUGGAGAACUAUAUUUAAUAAGACCUAAAAUAGCCUGAAGACUUAUUUAUUGAUGUGUAGCGUGUUAUAUGAAUAAGAAAUAUAUCCAUGUUGUGUCAUUGUAACACUGGACCACUGUGUUUAUUUGCACAAAGCAGCCACUCUUCUGUCUGUGGACCUUUACCUUGUGACUGUACGUUUUGAGGUGCGUUCAAGAUCGUUUCCCUCCAUGCUGCGAACUGUCGUCCAGUGAGCAUGAUUGACCAGUACGUCGUUUUUCCACAUAGUUGUUUGAUUUUAAAUGUUUUGGAUUAUUUGUGCUGUUUUUUUCUUUUUUAAUCUGUUAUCUUUUCAUUUUGUAUUUAAACUGAAUGAAUGUAUUGUAAACUGAAAUAUUUUUCUGGAAGAGAAGGAAGUGACGAACCAUGAUGCUGCAUUAAAAAGAAAUAAAAGUUGCAUUUUUA